AUGGAUGACGAACGGGCCCAAGUCGAGCGGGAGACCUUCGACAAACGCUGGAACAGAAUCUUAGUUAUCAACCCAAACUCGUCCAAGGCCAUGACACACGGCUUAGAAAAGGCUAUUCCCAGAGACGUGUCAGAGUGGACUAUGGUGGACACUUACACGGCACCCGAGAGCAGCCCAGCAAGUAUCAACAACGGCGAGGAUCUAAUCAAAAGCGCCCACGAAGUGGACUCUGAUGUGAAAUCAACCGGCAUUUUGAAGAAGUACGACGCAGUCCUAGUGGCCUGCUUCAGCGUCCACCCCUUGGUCGGUAUGUUGGCCGAAAGGGAGGGCAAGUACGGCAGGCUGGCUGUGACGGGAAUCUUUGAAGCCAGCAUUCUGACGUGUCUAUCGCUCCUUCGUCCGGGGAAGAAAUGGGGCAUCGUGACGACGGGCAAGUUCUGGGAAGACCACCUGACGCAAGGGAUCAACCAUUUCUUGGGUACAUCUUCUCAUGAUGCCAAUACCAAGUUCGCCGGGGUCGAGUCGACGGGGCUGAACGCAGGCGACUUCCACGGAGGUGUCAAACCCGAGGUGAUCCGGCAGAAGCUGAGAGAGGCCACCGCAAGGCUGUUGGAGAAGGGUGAUGUCGAGUGCGUUGUCAUGGGCUGCGCGGGCAUGGCAGGAUUGGAGGAAAUCAUUCGGUCGGUGGCGGCAGAACAAUACGGCCCCGAAAAAGCCAACCAACUCUUUGUGGUUGACGGUGUGGCGGCCGGAACUAGACUGUUGGAGAUGACGACCCGCGACAGGCGGGCCUUCUCGAGAACAUCAUAA